GCGAAAAUCAAUCUUGGGGCAAAGCAAUUCUGUAGCCGAACCCCCAGUCGACUUAUGCCCUUUUUCUCUCCCUCUCGCAUCGGCGCCGCGCGGAGCCUGGCGAGAGGGCCCUCCACGACGAGGCAAGGCGGCCCGGCGCCCGCGGGCGCGGGCGCCCCGGGGGCACUUGCCGCCCCCGAGCCCGCCGCGGGCCCGGAGCAGAGCUUCGAGCGGGUGCCCGCCGUGGAGGUCGGUGCGGACGCCGCCUACGUGGACUCCGACCGUGCGUCGACCACGUGGGCAACGCCACUUGGGCCGCGGUGGUGGCCCCCUUUGUGGACGGGGGGGCCCUGCGCGCGGACGGCGCGAGCCUGCCGAGGAACUACGGCAGCUCGGAGUGCCGAGCGUGGGACAGGCGCUCGGGGCACUGGGGCAUCUGCAGCAGGAGGCCACCUCUUACGUUUCCCCGAUUAUUGUGGGGAGAAGUGGUGCUUCGUGGACGGGGACAGGUGCGCCCGGCCAGACGUGAAGGAGUCGCUCCACCUGCCGGGGCUGUACUUCUCCUACGCCACCUGCGGCAACCUCGGUUUUUUCAGCGAGGCCUUCGACGUCACCGGCUUCUUGCCGAUCUAUCUUCCGUACAUGCAGCUUUCUUCUCAUGGGAAGCCCGUUGGUUAUUCGGUGGUGUCAAAAUCAAGCGAAACAUCGAACAAGGCUUUGAGGGCGAUGCUGAUGAUGGGCUCUUACGUGCUUGAAGUAAUGGGGGUGCCGGACAAGGAGGUCUGGUACAGGGAGUUGUCGGAUGAGUCACUCAGCCUCGAGUCUGAUGAAUACACAACUUGUGUUCACGACGUCGCCCUUGCCAAUCUAGAUAUGUGCAUCGGCGACUGGUGGCUUACCCAGGAAGCCUCGGAUUUGGAAGUUCCAUUCGUGCCCGUCUACCACGAGGACAUAAAGCUCAUAUUGAGGAGACAGCCGCUGCGCGACACGUCGUUCGACUCGGCGCUCGCCAAGUUUACGAGCGGUCUGACCCGAGCCAUCGAGCCCUUCGAGCCUGACCUGUGGGCCUGCAUUCUGGUGACGAUGCUCGCCGCGAGCCUCAUCAUGGCCAUAGUCGAGCGGGAUCACGGGGCGCCUUUUGCGGUGGGGGAGGCCAUCUACUUGGCGUCUGCGAGCUUCGCCUCCUUCGGCAGCGCGUAUGAGCCUCGCACGCCGGGCGGCAGGGUCAUGGGCCUGGGGAUCGCAUUCUUCCUCACGGUUGUGGGCGCGUCCUUCACAGCCAACACCGCGCAGUUCUUCAUCCAAGUGGCGUCUUCCCGUGUUGAGUACCAGAGCCUGCAGGAGGUGCUGGACGCUGGCAAGAAGGUGUGUGUCGGGGCCGCUGGCCUCAAGAGGGCCCUCCUUGGAAAAUAUCCGACGCUGCGGGAGCUCGGCGAGGAGGUUGAGCUGCAGGAUGGCGAAUUCCCCAACAUGGAGCUGCACAACUGCUACGGGUGGGUCGGCCCGAAGGACCUGGUGGUCGACGCGUGGCACUCCAAUGCCCUUGACAGCUGCGAGUACGAGUUCGUGGGUCAUUCGGUUCACCAGUUCUUCAUGGGCUACUACGUCACGCCGUCCUUGUUCCACCCGGCGGCAUACGCCGUGAGCCUCCUGAGGGGCAACGGCACUUGGUCGCAAAUCCACCAGGAGGUCUGGCCCAACGAGGUCACUGGCUGCACAUCCGAGGCCCAGGAGGGCCCCAUGCGGCUGUCGGCGGAGCACAUGUUGGGGCCCAACGCGUUCCUCCUGCUCUGCUGCCUCUUGUCGCUCCUCCUGCACUUUUUCUGCCAGGUUGCCAGGCGAGUGCGGGGGAUGGCCUCCCUGGCCGCCGAGUCAGAGGGGUCCUCGUCGGCCGGCAGCUCGGCGGGCGGCACUCCGGCGGACAGUGCAGAAGACACCUGAAGCCAUGUCCCGUCACCCCCUUAGGAAGAUGUUCCGUCAGCUCGAUGGAGGUGUUCACAACACCGGCAAAAGUAGGCUGGCGCGCGCGCGCGAGGAGGAGGACGAGGAGGA